UAUCAAGGUCGCAGGAUAUGGACCAGUUGAAGUGCCUUGUAACUUAAGAGAAUUGGCUCGACUGUCAGGUACCGUCGCGCAACGAAUGAUCUCACUUCAACGUGCUUCAUCGGACACUGUCCUACAGUCGUCCAAAAUUUCCCCAGGUUCCGCGGAAAUCUCAAGGCCCGGACGCUAACAGCGGCCCGCAGAACUGUGAAGUCUUCAUUUCAGUUCUGUUGUAUCCCUGCGGAAUGACUGGUUCUCUCCGAUACAUAUCCGAUUUAACAGUAUAAAAGACCUUUAGACAAGCUAUGGAUGGUCAAGCAGCCCUCAUUGAACUGAAAUUCUCAUACAUCGCACCGACAUGAAGUGGUUCUCUGCUAUUGCCGCCAUUGCUGCUCUUCAAUUCGUUUUCGUCAUUUCUGCACCUUCGACAGUGCUUAAGAGGGCCUCCGUCAGCGAUGUAGCCACUGUGGGUUUCGCAACUUUGAAUGGAGGAACUACGGGUGGGUUGGGUGGAAGCACCACGACAGUAACGACUCUGGACGAACUCACUUCUGCUGUUUCGGGUGACAGCGCUAAGAUCGUCAUCAUCUCUGGAACUAUUUCUGGAAGCGCUGUUGUCAAGGUUGGUUCUAACACGUCUGUGCUCGGGGCGGCUGGUUCUUUGCUCGACGGUAUUGGGCUUCGUGUGCUCGACGAAUCCAAUGUGAUUAUCCGCAACGUCAAAAUCCAGAAAGUCCUUGCAGACGUUGGGGAUGCCAUUGGUAUCCAGGCCGCAUCUCAAGUUUGGGUCGACCAUGUCGACCUCUCUAGCGACAGAGACCACGACAAAGACUACUACGACGGUCUUCUCGACAUCACUCAUGGUUGUUACGGCAUCACUGUCACCAAUAGCAAGCUCUACACACAUUGGAAGGCUUCCCUCGUCGGGCACUCUGAUAACAACGGCGACCAAGACGUAGCCAUCAGGGUUACUUUUGCCCUCAACUGGUGGUACGACCUCAACUCUCGUACCCCGUCUUUCAGAUUUGGCAUAGGGCACAUCUUUAACAAUGUUUACGAUGACAACAACGAUGGUAUCAAUACACGCGAUGGCGCCGAACUACUUGUUGAAAACAACGUUUGGACUGGUACCGAUAAGCCUCUGUACUCCACUGAUGAAGGAUACGCGGUUGCCAUAGACAACGACUUCGGAGGCGCAGAAAAUACCGCGGACGUAGGCACAAUCACUGCUUCUGAACUCGGAUACAGCUACAGCCUCUGUCCGUGCUACAGUUGAGGCCAAUGCGGGACAAACGCUCUCAUUCUAAGGAUUUACAUCUUGUUGCAUUUCAUAAGUCCUGCCAGACCUCUUCCUUCUCGUACGUUGUUGUUAUAGCGUGACAAAAUGUGAUUUCUCC